GCAAGGGUUUAUUCAAACCCAUUUCAAACCCAUUUCCGUAUUUUGCCAAGCUCUUCUCCCCUCUUCAACCUUCGAUCUCUGUCGCUCCCCUUGCUUGAACCGUGUACUUGAAAGGUUCCAUCAUCUCCAUCAAAGCUCUUCACAACCCCAUUCUCAGAAUUGAAACCUAGAGUGAGAAUGAAGAACAGAAAGAGGUCUCAUGCUUCUAGUGAGGAUGUCGGGGCUACUGAGGAUAGACACCGGCGGUUACAUGCUUCUAGCCGGCGCGGCGAUCAUGCUGCAACCUCUCAGGCGGUGGAGGCUUCAGCUCCAGUUGUUUCUCCGCCGUCUCCCAUGAUUGAGGUUCCUCUGGUUGAUUAUCCGCCGUCUCCCACGGUUGAGAUACCUACAGUUGUUUCUCCGCCCUCUCCCAUGGUUGAGUCAUCAGGCGAGGAGUCCUCAGGCGAGGAGUCUUCCGGCGAGGAGUCAUCAGGCGAGGCCUCAUCCGGCAUGGGAGGAUCUGACGAGGAUAGUAUUCCUCCGCCUAUUGUUGAUGCUGAUGUCCUGCCGCCAGAGCAGGGGGAGCAGGGGGCACAGGGUGGCGAGGAGGACCUGAUCCAGAGGUUGCCGCCGUUUCCGGGGGGGCCUGUUGAGCUAUCGCUCCUCACCCAUUAUGCUGAUCACAAGGCUCCCUGGGCGUGGCAUGCACUCCUACGCACAGACGAGCGGUAUGUGGACCGUCGACAGUUGAAGGUGGCCACAGCUGGGGGGAAGGUUUGGAACCUUGCUUGUGAUGGUGAUUCAGACAGUCACAGGCGGGUUCGAGAGUUGAUUGAGCAGACGGGUCUUCAUCAGCUACCAUAUUGCAGCUACCCGGUGACAGAUGCAGGCCUUAUUUUGGCCCUUGUGGAGCGAUGGCAUGAGGAGACUAGUAGCUUCCACAUGCCGUUCGGGGAGAUGACUAUCACCUUGGACGACGUGUCGGCUCUUCUCCAUCUCCCCAUGGGGUCGAGGUUCUAUACGCCUGGGAGGGGGGAGAGGGACGAGUGUGCAGCGCUCUGUGCUCAGUUGAUGGGAGGAUCUGUUGGUAUUUAUGAGGCUGAGUUUGAUACGAAUAGGUCCCAGACUAUUCGCUUUGGGGUCUUGCAGACCCGGUAUGAGGCUGCGUUGGCGGAGCACCGAUAUGAGGACGCUGCACGGAUUUGGCUGGUGAACCAGCUAGGCGCCACGCUCUUUGCUAGCAAGAGCGGAGGCUACCAUACGACCGUCUACUGGAUAGGGAUGUUGGAGGAUCUUGGUCGAGUGUGCGAGUACGCGUGGGGCGCGAUUGCGCUCGCUACGCUAUACGACCAGCUUAGUCGAGCGUCCAGGAGGGGGACGGCCCAGAUGGGAAGUUUUACCUCGCUCCUGCUAGGAUGGGUCUACGAGUACCUUUCUGACCGCGUCAUUAUCCGUAGGGCGGAUCCGGAGUACUCGCAGGACCAGCCUAGGGCGCGGCGGUGGGCUAUGUCCCGGGUCGGGCAUGCAGGCCUUGAUGAGAGGCGAGUCAUGCUCGAUGAGCUGACGGUGGAUGACGUUAUAUGGACCCCAUUUGAGGACCAUCGGGCUCAUCGACCACGGGAUCCGAGGGCCAUGUAUUCUGGCUACAUCCGGUCGCCAUUUGGCCGUGUUGUUCGACGGCAUCUACCAGAGAGGGUUCUGCGCCAGUUUGGCUUCAUACAGGAUGUCCCUCGACACCCCUCUGAGAUCCAGACGUCUGGGUCCCUUGCUGAGACCGCAGAUGCUGCCUUUGCUGAGUUUGCGCCGCACCUCCGCCCUCAGGGGAUCCCCGCUACAUAUCCGGGAGAGGCUGUGGAGGAUUACAUGAGGUGGUACAGCGCUGUGUCCCAUCGGUUCAUCAUCCCUGAUGAUAGGAGGGAGGAGUUCAGUGCAGUGACUGUUAUGCGUCGGGCCGAGUGA